CUUCCCUCCCGCGGGCCGGCCGGGCUGGGGAGCACUGGUGAGAGCGGGAGCGACCGCGCCGAGAGGGCUCAAAUCACCCCGAGAACCGUCCCCAAAAGGCUGGUCGCCGCCCCGGCAGGGCAGCUGCGGCGUGGUGAGGAGAAAACGCGGCCUCCGUGGGAGGGGGGUGUGGGAAGCCCUUGUGCCGCCGCUGCUGUCAGUGACUCGGGCACUGGGAAGGCGGGAGGAUGUCGCGGCAGGGCGAGAGGGAGACACCGUCGCCUUUUCCUAGCAGGGACACCCUCGCCUCCCGCUGCUCGGGCACUGCCCGCCUGCCAGGCCCCCUGGCCAUCUCCGGCACCAUGGUGAGGAACAUGGACGACUUUGAUUUCUGCCUGCCUUCGCACGCCCAGGGCGUGCUGGAGGGGCUGCAGCAGUUCCGCACCAACCCCAAACUGGCUGACGUGACGCUGGUGGCGGGCGGGCGGGAGUUUCCCUGCCACCGAGGCAUCCUGGCCCUCUGCAGCCACUACUUCUAUGCCAUGUUCUCCGGUGACUUUGCUGAGAGCAUCGCAGCACGCGUGGAGCUAAAGGAAGUAGAUCCCAGUGCGCUGGAGAUGCUGCUUGAUUUUGCCUACACGGGAAAGGUCACCAUCAACCAGGGCAACGUGGAGGGGCUGAUGAGGACCUCCAGCCAGCUCCACUUCCCUGCCAUCCAGAAGGUCUGCAGCCGCUACCUCCGGCAGCAGAUGGAUGCCACCAACUGCCUAGGUAUCUGUGAGUUUGGUGAGAGCCACGGCUGCCCUGAGGUCUCCUCCAAGGCCUGGUCUUUCUUGCAGGAGAACUUUGAAGCCGUCUCUCUUCAGGAGGAGUUCCUCCAGCUCUCCAAGGAGAGGCUGGCUGUCUACCUCUCCAAUGACCAGCUGCAGGUGCAGGAGGAGCGGAGCCUGGUUGAGGCUGUGCUGCGCUGGGUACGCCACGACCCGGGAUCCCGAGCCCAGUUCCUGCCGGAGCUGCUGGAGCUGACCCACCUUGUCUCGUUGCCUGACCAGUACCUGCAGAACCUCCUUGCCACUGAGCCUCUUGUUCGUGACUCAGAUGCCAGCAAGGCCCUCGUCGCCCGCUCCCGCACCAUGGGACAGAGUGGCACCGGUGCCCUGAAGAACCCCCCAACCCCACCACAGAAGCUAGAGGAGGUGCUGGUGGUGGUUGGUGGCCGUGUGCUGGAGGAUGGUGAGGAUGAGGAGAGGGGGCUGGAAAUGCCAUCUGCUACCAGGAACUUUGCCUUCUACAACCCCAAAAGCAGGCGAUGGAUGGCUCUGCCCGACUUCCCUGAUUACAACAAGUGGGGCUUUUCCCUGGUGGCUCUGAACAACGAUGUGUACGUCACAGGUGGCUCCCGGGGGUCCCAGAAUGACACGUGGUCAACGACACAGGCCUGGUGCUUCUGCCCCAGGGAUGGGGUCUGGCAGCCCAUCGCUUCCAUGCUGAGAGCCCGCACAAACCACACCAGCGCUGUCCUCAACGGCGAGAUCUAUGUGAUCGGGGGGACAACAGUGGACGUGGUGGAGGUGGAGCGCUACGACCCGUACAACAAGAGCUGGUGUGCCAUCAGCCCAGCCCUCAAGUAUGUGAGCAAUUUUGCCGCUGCCAGCUGCCUGGGCAAACUCUACCUGGUGGGUUCCUGCGCCGUCAAGUACAACGCGCUCACUCUGCAGUGCUACAACCCCGUUCAAGAUCUGUGGAGUGUGAUCACAUCUCCCUUCAUCCCCAAGUACCUCUCAGCCCCACGCUGUGCCACUCUGCGCGGGCUCAUCUAUCUCAUCGGGGAUAACACCAAGAAGGUCCACGUGUACAACCCAGAGGCCAACAUCUGGCAGAAGGUGCAGCUCCUACACACCCUGCAUGAGAACGGUGGGAUGGUGGCACUGGGUGACCGGCUCUUUGUCACCGGUGGCCACUGGAAGGGCAUGGAUGGGGACUACCGGGUAGAAAUGGAGGUGUACGACUGCUCCAAGGACCUCUGGACACGCGAGGGCUCCCUGCCCUCCCUCUGGCUUUUCCAUAGCUCCUCCUCCAUCUUCAUGGACACCUCCAAAUGGACAGAACCUUUCCAGGGUGACCAUGGGUGGUAGGAGAGCCUCAGUGAUGCUUGUCAUCCAAUGCAGGCAUGCUCCCCUUUUUUCUGCUCCUGUUCAGACUGGUGAGUGGGAGGUGGAAAGCCCUGUGCCAGGCUGGCUGGGGCACCAGGAGCAUGUUCUCUCCCACCACUGCAGGGAAAGGCUUUUCCUUAUAAACACGCUUUGGUUAAUGCUC